AUGAGAUUAUCAAAAACCCUAUCUGUACUUCUUGCCGUUUAUACUGGACAUGCUCGCUCGGAAGUCUGCCAUAUUAAUGUUCAAAGCCGUCUUCAGGGCGCACCCGAUGCUCCUAAAUUCACCAAGUACCGCCUUUAUCAGUUCUGGCCUAGAGAUAGCUUGAGCCAGGUUAGAAACACUCCUAACUGCCCCAUAGGUGCUACCUGUCUGCCUAAUUACAUCAUGCCUGCCAGUUCAUUUGAUAAACAAACUCCCAAUAUUAGCCCAAUAGCUCCGCCGACCGAGCAGACUCAACUCAAAAACAUCAAGUUCCAUCCAAAGGUGUACGUUCGAACUGCAACUGCCGGCAGCGGCUGUCUCGGGCUGGAAGAUCUUGGCCCAAUUAGUUUUAUGUCCGAGCAAACCCGGCUCUACCUUGCCGCCUGUAAGGACUGCACCGAUGCCAGCUAUCGGACGAUGGCCAUGGUUUACUCCUCCUUUGACAACCCCAAGGCAAAAUGGAUACUCACUAAUGUCAACGGCAAGUGUGCCAUCAAAAACGUGGCAUCUAAUAUGUUCCUCAGUCGUUGUAAAAACUGCACUGCCAACCUCGGGCCUGAUCUGAUCUCUAUUUCGGCCAAGCAAAUCAUUGAUGACUCCCCCAACGAACUAUGGAAUGUUAUUCAGAAAGAAGAUAACACAUAUAUGUUCCAGUCUGCUGCCACUGGCGAGUACCUAGCUGUCUGUGAAACCUGUCUUGCUCACAACACUACAAUCUCCUCUCCUGCUGCCCUUUUCUCGAUCGAAUCAAAUGAGCCUGCUUAUGUGACCUGGGCUGUCCACACCAAGAAGGAUACCUCCACACUUCCCGUGCCAUCCUAA